AUGAUGUUGCUGGUUAAUGACCUGACUUUGAAGAUCUCUGCUGUAAAGAGUGCUCAUGGCAUCCCUGCUCUCUGGCUGCAGUUUGUCUGUGUUACUGGAAGCCCGUCUUGGAUGAACUCCUUCAUCAAGUAUGUGGCUGUUGAGCUAGGACUUGGACAUCCAUCAGCUCUUCCAGCCUUGCACCUGCCCCUCUGCACACAUAGACACCUGGUACUACAACACCUGCUUGCUGUAAAUGGUCAGGAGCAAGGUGAGCCCUCAGCAGGUCGAGCUGGGGUGAAUAGGACACAAAAUCUUGCCCUGUUUGAGUCUCCUGGGAUUCCUCCAUUCACAAAUGCAAAUCCUAGUCCUUCAGCUGUCCCCAGAGGGUAUAUGUGGGACAGUCAGGCAGUUAUGGAACUCAAUUUUGUCAAAGGAGACACUGGAGUGUCUGUCCUGUCUGUACAAGGGUAUAGUAGUUACAGGAUGACUACCCUGUGGCACAACACAGUGACAUACUUCAGCACUAAUCUUGACUUGGCAGUGACAGUGAUCCCAGAACAUGGUAUGGGCAUUCCUUCCAUCGCCAUCAUGUUACAUGAACUCAUCAAGCUGCUAAGGUGCUCAAACGUCACCAUCAUCUGCAUUGGCACUUCUGGUGGGAUAGGUCUGGAGCCUGGCUCAGUGCUCAUAACCUGGCAGGCAGUGGGCGCCUGCUUCAAGGCAGAGUUUGAACAGCUUGCCCUGGGGAAGCAGGUGGUUCGGAGUACAGACCUGGAUGAGCAGCUGGUGCAGGAGUUGUUGCAGUGCUCUGUAGACCUGAGCGAAUUCACCACUGUUGUGGGAAACACCGUGUGUACCUCGGACUUCUAUGAAGGCCAUCUGGAUGGUGCACUUUGCUCCUACACAGAGAAGGACAAGCAGGCCUAUCUGCUAGCUGCUCACAAGGUGGGCAUCAGAAACAUUGAGAUGGAAUUUUCAGUCUUUGCUGCCCUGUGA